AUGGGAGUGUCAGUGUUGAACACCAGCGAGAAAGGCGAGAGCCCGCUUGCCGACCAGCAAAAAUAUGACGCGUCGGACUCGGAAGCCCCUCGGGUUCAUAACAUCAAUGAGCGCAAGCUGAUGGCCAAGAUUGAUGCGCGCCUGCUGCCGUGCUUGUGUAUUUUGUACCUGCUUGCCUUUUUGGACCGUGUCAAUAUCAGUAAUGCCGCUAUUCUUGGACUCAAGAAAGACUUGAACCUCGAAACGGGCACCAAGUAUAAUACCGCAUUGACGAUCUUUUUCGUUCCGUACAUUAUCUGCGAAAUUCCGGCGAAUAUUCUCCUCAAGAAAUUAAAGCCGCAUGUCUGGUUGUCGCUUUGCAUGUUCAUGUUCGGCGUCGUCAUGAUCUGCCAGGGAUUAGUGACAAAUUGGGGUGGACUGAUGACCACGCGAUUCUUUUUGGGAGUGUUCGAGUCGGGCAUGUUCCCCGGAUGUUUCUACCUGAUGGGCAUGUGGUACAAGCGAAGCGAGGCCCAGAAGCGAUUCAGUUUCUUCUUUAGCUCAACCACUCUGGCUGGUGCUUUCGGUGGUCUGUUGGCAUAUGGUCUGUCGCAUAUGAACGGUGACCGAGGCUACAGCGGUUGGCGCUGGGUGUUCAUUAUUGAGGGUGUAAUCACCGCUGCAGUUGCGAUCCUUUUGUUCUUCCUCCUUCCCGAUUUCCCCGAGGAGACCAAGUGGCUGAGUGAGGAUGAGCGCGCGUUCCUCCGCGAGAAGUUGGCCAAGGACGUGGGCAAGUCGGCUCACAACGUGAAGAUGGGUUGGCCUGAGAUCAAGGGUGUCUUGAAGGAUUACAAGGUUAUUCUUGGAGGCUUCAUGUACUUUGGUCUCAUCGUUCCAGCAUACAGUUAUGCCUACUUCGCCCCCUCUAUUAUCGAGAGCUAUGGAUACAAUGCGGUCCAAACCCAACUGUACUCCAUUCCACCGUGGGCAGUGGCCUUUGCGUUUUCCAUGAUCGUUGCUUUCUGCUCUGAUCGAUUGAAACACCGCUUUGCCUUCACGGUGAUCACUGUGUGUAUCGCCAUUGCUGGCUUUGCUAUGGUCUUCAGUAUCCAUGGCAAGGAGCAUAAGCAUGCAGAGUACGGUGCGCUCUUCCUUGUCACCAGCGGUGCCUACAGCGCCAUGCCUGUUAUCGUGUGUUGGUUCGCAAUGAACUUGGGCGGUCACCACCGCCGUAGCGUGGGCACCGCGUGGCAGAUCGGAUUUGGCAACAUCGGUGGCAUCAUAGCCACCUACUCCUUCUUGUCAGACCAGGCUCCUUUCUACAAGACGGGUUUCACCAUUUGCAUCUCAUUCUGCUGUUUAUCUAUUGUUGCAUGCUGUAUAUAUAUGGCUGCGAUUUGGUUCGAGAACCGCAAGCGUGACCGCGCUGCCAUUGACCCGAACGCCGUCCCGGAGGACCAAAAGGAGUACCAGGGUGAUCUGGCACCGACCUACCGGUACCAGUACUAG